AUGGGGGAAAAGCUGUGCGAGAUAAGCAGAACAAUACAGCGAAAGAGUGAGAGGAAAGGAGGAGCCGAAGGAGGAGGAAGAGGAGGGGAAGGUCUGUGGAUAAACCCCCUUUCUACCAUGCAAGACUCCCCAACCCCCCAGUCAGAAAAAUCACACCCGCCCCUCAUUUUACGACAUCAUCUGCGUAACACACAUUCCUCUACUCUUCCCCUUCAUCCAUCAAUCCAUUCUCAACCACCCCUCCUCAAGCCCUCACAAAAGCUCCCACCAUCAUCUUCUCUGUGCCCAAAGUACACCUACGGCUACCUGGCCCCCUCUACAUCACCCCCAUCCCCACCUCUACCAUCCCUCCACUGGUUCACACUAGUCACGUGUGCCUGCUUCCUGCCAGCUCUGAUAGGACGGAUUCCUGGAGCACUUGCUGGGGAGACGUGGGGGGUGGUCUCCGCAUGUCCCUUCCACUGCGUGUGCCGGAAUUUAUCAGAAUCUCUGAGCACGCUCUGCGCGGACAAAGGUCUCCUCUUUGUCCCACCAAACAUUGAUCGUCGAACCGUCGAGCUCCGCCUUGCUGACAACUUCAUCCGAGAGGUGGGAGGUGCAGACUUUGCCAACAUGACAGGACUGGUAGAUCUGACACUAUCCCGAAACACCAUCAGCUUCAUCAAACCGAUGGCAUUUGCAGACCUCGAGAGUCUCCGCUCCUUGCACCUGGAUGGGAAUCGGCUCAUGUCACUUGGUCCAAGAGACUUAGCGGGCAUGCUGAACCUGCAGCACCUCAUUCUAAACAACAACCAGCUUAUCAACAUCUCUUCUGAUGCCUUUGAUGACUUCCUGCUCACACUGGAAGACCUGGACCUGUCUUACAACAAUCUGCGCAAAGCACCAUGGGAUGCCAUCCAGAACAUGGCCAGCUUGCACACACUCAACCUCGACCACAACCUCAUUGACCAGAUUGCUGAGGGUUCCUUCAGCGAGCUCUAUAAACUUGCUCGGUUAGACAUGACCUCAAAUCGCCUUCAGACUCUACCACCUGAUCCCUUGUUUGCGAGAUCCCAGACAGGGGUAAUCAGCCCCACACCAUACAAUGCAGUAGUCAGUUUGAACUUUGGGGGAAAUCCCUUGCACUGUAACUGUGAGCUUCUCUGGUUGCGAAGGUUGAUUCGGAGUGACGAUAUGGAGACUUGCGCCACACCGAUUCAUCUGGCAGGACGUUACUUCUGGUCAAUACCUGAGGAAGAAUUCACCUGUGAGCCUCCACUUAUCACUCGCCAUACACACAAACUCUGGGUGUUAGAGGGCCAAAGGGCAACGCUUAAAUGCCGUGCUAUUGGAGACCCUGAGCCAGUGGUGCACUGGGUCUCACCUGAUGACCGGAUUAUUGCCAAUUCAAGCCGUACUACAUCAUUUCGGAACGGGACACUUGAGCUCCUAGUGACUGUGGCGCGUGAUGACGGUGCCUACACCUGCAUUGCAAUCAAUGCUGCAGGUGAGGCCACUGCAAUAAUCGACCUCAAGGUAAUUCCUCUUCCGCACCGAGGGAACGGAACAGUACCUUUAGCCCGUGAUCCAGGGUCAUCAGAUAUAACGCGAGGGAAGACAUCCAACGGGCAGAGUCCCAGCCAGGACACUAAUGCUGACGCAAAAGAAGUUAGAGAGGAUGUAGAGAUGGAGCCAGAGGAUGGAGGGAGUGAGGGAGGAGAAGAUCAGCUUGUGGAGGUGCAGGGAGUGACCUCCACCUCAGCACAAGUGCGGUGGGAUAUUGGUCAACUGUCAGGAGCAUACCUGAUUUGGAUGUACCAGAUACAGUACAACUGCACUGCGGAUGAGACCCUGGUGUACCGAAUCCUGCCCUCCACGAGUAACAGCUUCCUUCUGAAGAACCUUGUGUCUGGAGCAGACUACAAUCUGUGUGUUCUGGCCAUUUUUGAUGACACCGUAACCUCCAUGGCUGCUACAAAGGUUCUAGGCUGCAUUCAAUUUAGCACGAAGGACAACUACCCAGACUGCCGUUCACUUCAGGCCCAUUUCCUGGGUGGGACUUUAACCAUCUUGGUGGGAGGGGUUGUAGUGGUUACAUUACUAGUGUUUACUGUGGCGCUGAUGGUUCGUCAUCGGGUCUGUAGCAACCAUGAUGACCACAGAGACAUUGGUGACGAGGCUGGAUGCUCAGGAUCAGACUCUCCGGCCCUUGCCGCCAAGGGAGCCAAUGUUUUUUCACAGAGUAAUGGAAACGGGGAUGUAAUGAUGGUGGUCUUACCCAACGGGUUGCUUCAAAAACAGAGAGGGGGAGCAUCAGGGGCAGGAACAUCGCCCAAGCCACCACCAACCCCGAAACCCAAAACACUGCCCAAGCCCAAAGUGAAUAUGGACCAGCUAAAAGCAGGGCUUGAGGGAGGGGUAGGGUCACAGAGGGCGCUUCCACCUUAUACCCCAGAGACGGAGCGAAUGCCAAUGUACUACAGCCCUAAAAACCCGUCUCCGUCUACACUGCCUCGCCAGUCGCGCCAGUUGGUAGCUGGGCAGAGCAAACUUCAACCCAUAAACAGGGACGUAGUAAAAAGGGCAAGCUUCAGCUUAGCACCUCCCCCUCACUACAACACUGAUUUAAGCGACAGGCGAUUCAGUACGGGCGGGGCAGUGGUCGUAAGACGAGGCAUUACAGACAGUAAAUGGAAUUCGUCUUUGGCCUACCAGAGCCCUGUCCAUGGUGCUGUAAGACGCAAGCGCAGCUCUUCCUUUGACAUGGGUAACAUGGCCACCACAACCUGUUAUAGCUAUGCCAAGCGGCUGAGCAUCAUCUGGACCAAACGUAGCCAGUCGCUGCAUGGCAUGCUGGUCCAGUGCGCCUCCACCACCAGCGCCUCCACAACAACCAGCAGCAGCAGUGGAGAUUCGCAACUGCGGCACAAGCGCGGUUACAUUCACGCCUACAACACCACCAACUCCAACUCUAACCCCAGCUCCACCAGCGCAGACCGAGAGAGGGAAAAAGAGAAGGAGAACAAAAAGGACAAAGGAGAGGAGCUGGAGGAAAGUGUGGUGUAGAUGGAGAGGUAGGUAGUUGUGACAUAUAGACUGAAGAAAGGAACACAGAGUUGAAAAAAGAGAAAGUGCAAGAGAGAGAGAAGGAGAAUGAAAAAGAAUGUAGAGGAGCUUGGGAAAGUGAAGACAGAGAGGGAGGUGAGCUGUAAUGCAGAGGCUGGAAAAAAGAAACAAAGGCAGAUGAAAAAGACAGAGACAGAGAGAGGAAAAAAAGGAGGGCUAGAGGAGCGAGAGAAGAAGGAGGGCUGGAGGAGCAAGAGAGUGACCGUGAUCUGCCAGAAAGAAGGAGAUGAAAGAGGGAGAGUUAACGGGUGAAGUGCGAGGUGAGGUGUGAUACGUGGGUGUGUGAGCUCAGGGGGAAGGCAGCUGUUAAGGCCUAAGCGAAAGGUUGAGUGGAGAGAUGAGAGGUGGAGAAAAGAUGUCACGAGAGAGGGAAAAAGAGAGAGCAGACAAACAAGAAAAAAAAAAAGAAUACAAGGAGGGGAGUGGGAGGUAGGAGAAGGAAAGCAAGACAGAAAGAAACAGAGGCAGGAACCAGGGUUGUGACAAAUGGACCACAGAGUCAGAACACGCACUUGGUGGAUAUAAGAAACGGACCCCACGAGACAUGCGUCCAAAGUGGAUUUCUGAAACACAGAAAUGCAAUCUUUCCCGAAAAAAAAGCCUAUAAUAAGAGUAAACAGAAGACCUAAACAAGCGCAGGUAUGCAGCCUGUUUCAGGACAAAGCCUAAGCAGAAAAUGACUUCUAACGAAUGACAGAGAGUGAUGGCAUUGGAUCGGUGAUCAAUUAGCCAUCCUGUCACCCAGACCAUGGAGCCAGGGGCGGUGGACGGAAAUGCCGAGUCAUGCCCGAUCAAUGGGAUACGAUCAUUCGAUAGAGCUGGCACCGGCAGGCGGAGGGCUGGUGUUACAGCGAGUUGGAGAAUGGAGGGAACAUGAACCAGACAUGGGCGUGAAAUGCAGCGCUGGGAUGAUGAUGAAAUGAUUCGGGACAGAUUUAGAACACAGACCAAUAAAUGGAUGUUGACUGAGGAGGAAGGGGAUUGGAUGCGGUGUGUGUGUGUGUGUGUGUAGAGCAGCUAGCGUUGUGAAUAUGGAAGAGGAAACACUCCUUUUGUUUACUUUUGUGACAUCACUGGAUGCGCCAUGUACCCAUAACCAUCCAGAAUGUGUUUUCACAAACCAGAGACUGAGGCAUUAUAACAGUGCCCAGAGUCCUUCAUUCAAAUCUCAUAGUCAUUCAGAUUACAUAGAAGUCACAGAGACAUAGAUCCAGUACAUGAAGGAAUUCAUGCUAUAGCAAGGACAGCAGAGAGAGAAAAAAAGAGAGAAGAGACAUUGCCAUGAACUUCUGUUUUCUUGAUUUUCAUGAAUGAUAAUAGAACCGGAAAAAAGUGCAAUUUUGUUGCAACACUUUCAUGAUUAUUAGUUAUUAAGAUGAUUGUGAUUAUCACUGAGCUUAAAAGAGACUAGAAAAGAAAAUUAAUGAGCUCACCGAUAAUUAUAGCCAUCCUGAUAAUGAUGUUUCUGUUUGAUCUUAUUUUGCCAAAGUAAAUAUUGUUACCUUGACUUGAUAUUCUAAAUAAUGAAAUAAAACUGAAAAAUAAAGAUA